CGGAAUACUUAAAGUGACUGCAUAUCCUGGACUAUUAUUCGUAGUGUAAACCUACUGAAUGAAGAGCAAACAUGAGUUUGUAUGCGAGGAGGGUAACUUUGCCGGCGAUCACUCCACUGGUUCUGCAGAAAAGGGUGAUUAAAGUAUACAGCGAGGAUGGGACCAGCAGAGCCUUGGAAGUUCCUAAUGACAUAUCAUGUAGGGAUGUAUGCCAGUUACUUAUUCUGAAGAACCGUUACGUCGAUGAUCACAGCUGGACUAUAUUUGAACACCUAUCAAACCUUGGCCUUGAAAGAAUUGUAGAGGACCACGAGAUGGUGAUUGAAGUGCAGUCUAAUUGGGACAUGGAGGAAGACAGCAGAUUUUAUUUUAGGAAAUAUUAUGGAAAAUUUGAGUUUUUCAAAAAUCCAGAGACCUAUUUUCCAGAUUCAAUGGUGUCCUAUUCAAGUGAAAGUAAUGGUACAACAGCACCUUUAGAUACAUUAAAGAUGUUUUUGAGUACAAGUACCUAUCCUGAAAUACAGAGCUACUUAUACAUGACAGAAAAGGGGAAAAAAACGUGGAAAAAAAUGUUCUUUGUGUUACGUCGCUCCGGGCUAUAUUUUUCUACAAAAGGAACAUCAAAGGACCCUAGGCAUCUACAGUUUUUCAGUGACCUCAGUGAAAAUAAUGUUUACAUGAUACUCUCUAGAAAAAAAUUAUACGGGGCACCAAAUGAUUAUGGCUUCUGCUUAAAGCCUAAUCAAGGAGGAGUCAAGGCCCUGAAACUGCUGUGUGCAGAGAAUGAAGAGACUAAAGCAUGCUGGGUGACAGCAAUUAGAUUGUACAAGCAUGGAAUGCAGAUAUACAAAAAUUAUAUCAGGCCACAACAACGCCAACGUGAAGCUAAUGGUCAAAGUUUGUCGCCUACGAGGAGUAUAUCAGAAAAUUCUCUGGUGGCCAUGGAUUUCUCUGGACAUAAAAGCAGGGUAGUCGAGAACCCUACAGAAGUUCUUUCCAUUGCUCUACAAGAAGGAUUAUUGUGGAGGAGGAAAAGCUGUGGACGUAUCAGUGCCCAUGGCACCCAAACAACAUCUCAGAGUCCCUCAACGAACCUAGCUGUACACAUAUCACAGCCGUGGUUCCAUCACAAAGUGUCCAGAGACGAAGCUCAGAAAUUGAUAAAUCAGCAAGGUCUUGUAAAUGGGGUUUUUUUGGUACGAGACAGCCAAAGUACUCCAAAAUCUUUUGUCCUUUCUAUGUGUCAUGGUCAGAAAAUAAAGCAUAUCCAAAUCUCUCCUACAGAAGAGGACGGACAACGAUUCUACACUUUGGAUGACGGGCAAACCCGAUUCACGGACCUUAUACAACUUGUGGAGUUUUACCAGCUGAAUAAGGGGACGUUACCCUGUAAACUCAAGCACUACUGCACUCGAAUUACGGUCUGAAAUCAUAUCCCAAAAUUAACAUUCGCGUCGUUUCCAAAUUUCAAAACCACCAAUCUCUUCUUUUCGGUACUCGACCGGAACGCGUCUUUAUAAUCCACUCCAGGAGACCUUCAUCAGUAUCAAAGAUCUUUGUUGAUCCUUCAGUCGUUCAACGUUUCAAACUAGUAUAUUCAUGAAGAAGAGCUAUCUUCUGUCUUUCUGUUGUUUUAGUAAAUACAGUUUUUUUUGUAAAUAUUUUUAAAAGUGUUUUUUAUGGAGGUUAUUUUUUUGGAUCAUUUUGCCAUUACUGACAAUCUUAAUUAUACAUUCAGUUUUCUCGCUAGUUAACUAAG